AUGAUCCGGCGAAGAGAAUUGUUACACAAGUCAUCAAGACGAGACUACAAGGCACAAGAUGGCGUCUACGUUUCGCCCAGAGAUAAGGACUACGCUGCCAAGAGUAAUAAGUUAUUGUGUUUCUAUUUUUCUUUUUUUAUUUCUUUCCAGGUAUUUAUUGCAGCUAUUCUGCUGGCUGUUGCUUGCGCUCAACAUGACACUGGCUAUUCUGUUCCUUCUGAACCGAAGAAACCUGCAAAGUACAGCUUCAACUACCAAGUGCAAGACGACCCGACCAAGAACGACUUCGGUCACCAGGAGGCCCGCGACGGCCCUGACACGCAGGGGUCGUACCAGGUGCAGCUUCCCGACGGACGCCUGCAGAAGGUCUCCUACACCGUGAGCGUGGACUCCGGAUACGUGGCGGAUGUGAUGUACGAAGGCGAGGCUCAGUAUCAGGCCGAAAGCACCCCUGGCUAUGCCUGA